AUGGGGCGAUGGUGCCAACAGAAAGGGGUGGAUCCUAUAUACUGUUUUGGGUUACGAGGAAACCUGGUCACUGUAACUGAUGACAGUAUGUUAAAGACCGUGGGGAAUUUAUGUGGUGUAAUGCAACCAUGUAUAAUUGAUAAAUGGACAGGCCCAUAUGGAAAUGUUUGUGCUGUUCUCCUUAAGAAUGGACAACCUUUGGACAGAACACUGAUUCCAAGUAUGGUAUUAUUAGAAGGCACUAUGGGAAGGAAAGUACAGAUAAUGUGGCCUGACGAGAGGAGUGAAGAGGAAGCUGCUGAAGUCGCUCAAGGAGAAGCUUUAAAUGGUCCCGGAAUGGGGGAACCAAUGUCUGGGGGUUGUUUUCCGACUACUAGUGGAGUAGGGGAUCCUUCUAUCUCUAACCCGAUGGGUCCCUCUGACAAUCCAGUAGAUAAUGUAGUGGAUAAAGUGGUAAGCCACCUUGAAAGGUGGCAUUAUGAAGGAGGAUACCGACGAUUAAGAAUCUUUUCCGGAAUUAUCCCUGUUCCAGCUCGAGAAGAAAAUUAUGAGAUGUGGCGUGAAGCUGCUAUUCAACAUUCUGAGGAAUGGCAAUGUCCUGAACACAUCAGGCGACAAAGGGUGGUUGAGAGUUUACGUGGACCUGCUAUGGGGGUGAUCCAGGCUACUCGCCGCAGUAACCCUACCGCCGCCCUGAGGGAUUAUAUCGAAGCCUUGGAUUUUUCUUUUGGGACAUUGGAAGAUGUGGGAGAUCUGAUGGCCCGAUUGAAUUGUACUUAUCAAGAAUAUGGAGAGACCUUGACACAUUAUAUAUACCGGGUCGACCGAUUAAUAUAUAAGAUCGUGGAUAAAGGCGGACUUAGUCCAGAGAUAGUUAAUGAAAAAAGGUUAAAACAAGUAUUAAAAGGGGCACUGACUAAUAACCCUGUAGCUCAAAGGUUAAGAUGCACCAUGGCUAGUGCUACACCUCCUAGUUUGACAGAUUUAGUCAAGGAAGUAAAAUUAGAAGAGGUCCAAAUUGAAAAUCGGGAAAAGUCUGUGAGAAAAGUUAAAGUGGUGUUACCAUCGGCUGACACUCCUCCUUCUACUAUGGAUGACCGACUGUUAAAAUUAAUGGAGGAGCAAAACAAGAAAAUCGAUCAACUGAUUGCUCUACAGACUCAGCAACAACCCCUGGCAACUACUCGAACAUCUGUAUGGGGUAGAGGACUAAAUCGAAGGGGAGGACCUCGAACCAAUAUAGAAUGUUAUAGCUGCGGACAGAUUGGGCAUCGGUCAUUUGAAUGA